GCCAGCCAUCGAGCCAAGCCAGGCCAGAGCGGGCACAAAUGGCGAGGCUGGAGCUUUUGCAAGAGGCAAGGAAGGGCUUGGAGUUUGCACAGAUGCCGUGAGGCCGCGUCAUGGCGGAGGAGUGGGCCCCGCAGCUGGUGGACUACUUUGUGGUGGCCGGCUUGGUGGACACCUCCAAACCGCUUGAAGAUGACACCCAGGGGUCUCGUCCGGCCCGCCCGAGCGAGCCCAUUGUGGACGUCGCGGUUAUCGUCCGCUCGCAAGGCGAAGAGGUCCCUCAAGGUUUCACCUGUAUCGACCGUACCACCUCGGGGCACCCUGUGGAGCUCAACACCAGCCUCCUCAACAACCCCCAGAUGUUCGUUUGCUACCGGCGGGGGCGGGAUAAGCCCCCCAUCGUGGAAUUGGGGGUGCAUUAUGGGGGGAAGGACCAGCCCAAAGCGGGCUACAAAAUCGUCGACACCACGCCCUACAGCCACUCGGCCAACCUGGCCUCGGGUGCGCCCGGACACCAGCACACCUUCCUGACGUAUCGGCGGGCCAGCGAGGGGCAGGCCUUCAGCGCCUUGGGGAUCACGGACAUCUGCCUUAUCAUGCCCAGCAAAGGGGAGAGCACGCCGCACACUUUCUGCCGGGUGGACCGGAACCUCAACGCCGGGAUGUGGGGACCUGCCCUCUACAUCUGCUACAAGAUGGCGCUCGCCCAAGGAAACACUCUUGUCUACGAAGCAGGUCUCCUCAGCCGCUUCCCGGAGGAGGACAACGAGGUUUUCCCACUCCCCGAAUCGGUGCCCGUCUUCUGCCUGCCCAUGGGGGCCACCAUCGAAAGCUGGCCGGCUGACACGAAGUACAAUCUCCCCAUUUUCUCCACCUUCGUGUUGACCGGCGCCUCGGGGGACAAGGUUUACGGGGCCGCCAUGCAGUUUUACGAGUCCUUUCCCCGAGAGCGCCUCACCGACCGGCAGUCCAUGUGCCUCAACCUCCUCACCGUGGUGGACCGCCGCCCCAUCACCAACAAGUCCAUCCAGACGCGGAAGAGCAUCUGCGUUUUGUCUCACUGGCCGUUCUUCGACGUCUUCCGCAAAUUCCUCACCUUCAUCUACCGUUACAGCAUCUCCGGACCCCACGUCCUGCCCAUCGAGGCGCAUAUUUCUCACUUCAUGUACAACGUUCCUUUCCCGUCCCCGCAGAGACCUCGGAUCUUGGUUCAGAUGUCCCCCUACGACAACCUGCUCUUGUGCCAACCUGUGUCGUCCCCGCUACCCCUCAGUGGGGCCAGCUUUCUCACCCUCCUGCAGACCGUGGGGCCCGAACACGCCGUGGCACUGAUGGUGGCUGUGCUCACCGAACAGAAGCUCCUCAUCCAUUCGCUGCAGCCGGACGUAUUGACCAGCAUCGGAGAAGCUUUGGUCUCGAUGAUUUUCCCCUUGCGCUGGCAGUGCCCCUACAUCCCCCUCUGCCCGCUCACCUUGGCCGACGUGCUGUGUGCUCCGGUGCCCUUCAUCGUGGGCCUCCACUCCAGCUACUUCGACCUCUACGACCUGCCGCAUGACGUCAUGUGCGUGGACCUCGACACCAACACCAUCUUCCAGUGUGAAGAACGGAAGCUGUUGUCGGCGCGCUCCCUCCCGCGGAAGCCCUGUAAAGUUCUACUGGCCUCGUUAAACGCCCAGUACCAACAACUGGAUGAAAUGUAUAACCGUCCGGUCGAGGAGGCUUCCUUGGAAUUCCUGCUGACCGACUACGACGUCAUCUAUGGACGCCGGAAACAGCUGGAGCUGGACAUCCGAGGGGCGUUCCUACGAUUCAUGGCUUGUCUGUUGAAAGGCUACCGUGGAUACCUCCGGCCCAUCACCCAGGCUCCCUCGGAGAAAACCCGAGAUUCGAGCAGUCUCUUUUUCCUGCAGGGUUUCCUGAAGUCCCGCGAACGGGCCUACCACAAAUUCUACGGACAGCUUUUACGGACCCAGCUCUUCACGCAGUUCAUCGAGGAAUGUUCUUUCGUCAGCGACCGCCACGCUUGCCUGGAGUUUUUCGAUUCCUGCGUCGACAAGGUCCAAGUGGACUUGGAGAAACCUGAAGAAGCUCCUUUGAUUGAACUGGAUGACACCCAGGGCAGCGAACACACCGUUUUUAUUAUGCCCCCCGAGGAACCCACCGGACCCAACGGAAUGGAGCUAGUGCCAUCGUACAAAUACGAUAGCUUCCCGAUGCUCCAGACCAAGCUCUUUCAGCGGGACCAACUUAUGCCCUCCCUGUGCCAAGCCCGAACCAGCGCCCCCAGCAGCCCAGCCCCUCGCCGCACCCAGCAGGAAAUUAAGGUGGCCCAGAAAGUCGCGCAGAAAUAUUCUUCCAUGCCGGAUAUGUGGGCUAAAUGCCUGCUUGGUCACUGCUACGCACUCUGGUUUAUCACACUGCCCGCCUACGUCCGAAUGGCGACCUCGAAGGUACAAGCUCUUCAUGUCGCCUACGAGGUACUGAAACAGAUGGAGACCAAGGAAGUCGUCUUGCCAGACGAGGUGUGCUACCGUACCCUGAUGCAGCUGUGCGGCCAAUACGGGGAGCCGAUACUCUCCGUCCAGGUCAUGCUGGAAAUGAAACGAGCCGGGAUCGUCCCCAACACCAUUACCUACGGCUAUUACAACAAGGCCAUUUUGGAGUGUAAGUGGCCGUCCAGUAGCCAAGGAGGCCGCCUUCGCUGGGCCAAACUGCGGAACGUCGUCCUCGGGGCCGCCCAGUUCCGGCAGCCCCUGCGCCAGCGCCAGCGGGACGCAGACUCACAGAGCCUCAGCCCUUCAGCAGACAGCAAAGAGGCCAAACCCCCCAAAUAUCAACCCCGCACUGGCCUUCAGCGGCAAACGACCUGGUCCGGGAGCAGCUUGAGAGAGAACCUGCAAUUCUCGUCACUCGCGAAGAGCGGCAGCCUGAAUUUUCCCAAGCAGGAUAUGCCAGCGAGCACAUUCCUGGGGAAAAUGUUGGGCAGCCCCAAAACCGAAAGCAAUAAUAUGCUUCCUCCCUGGUUGCGCGUCGCGCGGGACGGGCCUGGAAGCUCGGAGGGCAGCAGUCUUUCGGACAUCAGCACUUUCUUGACGGAUGAGAGUGACAGGUUAACGCUGAGCAGCGUGGAGACCGGACAACAAGAGGGAGCUACUCCGGGGUCAGGCCAGGCUGCUGAAAACCGUCGCCUGGGGAGCACCCCUCGCCGGACUCUAACCGCCAAACUGCAGCAGUUUCUGUCCCCCAUCAAACGACCUUCCAUGAAGCACGGUUCCAGCGGGGAGGUCUCCCAUGGGCGCGGCGGAUCUGAGCACCGAGAACACCCCUCUCGCCAGAGUCCGCUGGAGGGACACUUGCUGCUUCCCCCGGAGCGUCCAAGAUCCACAGCCUCGGAGAGUUCGGCCUCUCUGGGUAGCGAGUACGAUCUCUCGGAUACGUCCGUGUGUAGUUACAAUCUCCGGAAAUCCAGCGAUCGGUUGUCGGAGCCUCCGGCAGUUGAGGUGUUCCUUUCCAGCUGCUCGCGAUGCGAGGCUUGCAACUCGCUGGUGUACGACGAAGAGGUGAUGGCUGGGUGGAGUUCGGACGACUCCAACCUGAACACCACUUGCCCCUUCUGCGGACGUCUCUUCGUGCCCUUCCUCAGCAUCGAGAUCCAAGAUUUCCAAACGGUUUCUCUCAGCAAUGCUGAUGUUUCUGACACGAGUUCGGUGUCCUCGGAUUGGCCCCGGGACAGCGAAGCCCCCGUGCCAGGCGGCCAGGGCCCAGUGCUCAGUGAUCGGUCCCAAUGCCUCCUGCUGGACGAGGCAGAGACGGAUCCGCGGCGGAAAUCCAAGAACGGAUCACUAUGCAACGGCUUCAGUGAAUCAGCGGUGCCCCAGGGUCCCGCUGCCCGGGUGGAACAGCUGGCUUUCGCCUACCUCAGCCCCCUGGUCCUGCGUAAAGAGCUGGAGACCCUCCUGGAGAACGAGGGAGCCGUCUUCCUAUCUCAGCCCGAGUUGGUGGACAAUCAUCCGAUCAUCUACUGGAACCUGGUCUGGUAUUUCCAGCGGUUGGGCCUCUGCAGCGGCUUGCCCCAGCUGCUCCUGGCUUCCAAGCACGUCCAGGCGCCCUCCCAGGCACCGACUCCGGAGGGCCCUUUCGUCAACGUACGCUUACUCUGGGACGUGCUGAGUUCCGAUCCCGACACCUUCCCCCCUCUCUACAUUCUCUGGAGGCUGCAUGGCCAGAUUCCCACGCGGCUGCAAAAUUGGCGCAAGCAUAACCACCCGUUCUCUCUGUCCUUCCUGGACGCGGUCAUUAAUUAUCUCGGCCUGGGGGAGGUCCACAAAGCCAUCGUCCUCUUCGUCGAAAAGGUGGCAGGCUAUGCCAACUCCGGGCUGUUGCAGAGGAGCGUGUAUCGUGAAUUUCUCUUCCUGAAAAUAGCCGCGUUGGGCAGGGAGCACGUGGACAUUGCCGAAUUUGACAAGAAGUACAAGUCAGCCUUUUCGAAGCUGGCCAGCAACAUGGGGAAGGAACCCCUUCGAAAACAGAGGGCGCAGCCCCUCACCACCAAGGCCAUCGAUUGCCGGAAGAGUUUCGGUGCCAACCUGGAAUGCUAGCGGGAGGGGGGAGCCCAGCUGCCCCCCUCCCCACCAACCCACUCAUCUCUCUCUCUGUUGCUGCUGUUGCCUGGGUCAAAAAAAAACAACUAGCCAAGGAUGAAACUGGAGCUGAUAACCAAAUUUGGGGAGGGGGCACAGACGAGGUCCUUAGGCUGUUUCCAGCACCCCUGGGCCCUUUGGGGUGGGGUGGGGUGCAGGCGGGGAGGGGUCCCAGGACGGAGACCCCAUCCUUUCGACCCUGGGAGCUGUGUUGCUGUCCUCCUCCGAAGGAAUUGAGGGGGGGGGAGGAUUCCUGGUCCAGGUCUGCACUUUGCACAUGCCUAGGGGGCUCGAGACUCCCCCCACACUCACAGACACACCCCAAAUCUCUCCCUCCCUCCCUCCCCCUCCUCAAAUCCGGGUCACCGCCCCCCACCGUAAAUGUCUAUUUUUGUGCACCGUGUCCGUUGCAGAAUUGGAGUGGGGUGUGGGGGGAUGCAGUUAUACCCCACCCACUUCUAAAGGACAACGCCCCCUCGGGUUGCCCCGCCCACUCCUUUCUCUUCCACCCCCUCCCAAUUCAUUAGGGAGGGGGGUUAAUUGGGGAGGGGGGGGUCUCGCUUUGUGUUUUUUAAGUAUUAUUUUUACCGUCAGUGUUACAAGAAAAAGGGGGAAGAAAGAAACAGAAAAGCAGAAGCUAUUUUGUAAAUUUAUUUAUUACAGAGCCCCUCCCUCUUUUUUUCCCCCUGUCCUCUCCCCCCCCCCUUCCUUUGUGGCACGUGCUUUAACUGUAAGGACGCCCCCGUCGCGGAAAAUGGGGCCGCAACCGUCUUUCUGUUCAUUAAAAAGAGCCCUGGGACUCCCCCAGGGGCGAGGGGUUUCCUCUCUCCCCCCCCCCCAACCUCAGGGCUCAGUCUGAGCAAUAUGGUCCCCACCCCCAGCCCCGUUGUUGCCGUGUUUCUGUUAACUGUUUUGAGUUGAGUUCCCCCCCCCCUCAUCCUGUAAAUAAAAAAAAGACGUCUGUAUUUUC